UUAUGUGCUGAGACUCUGUCCACACGAUCGUCUUCGAGAGAUAUAUUCUCAGUAAAGGUCCAUGUGACUUGUUGGGAACCACUUGACAGAUUGUCAAGUUCAACACACGCCAUGAUUGAACUACCAUCAUAUGGUGAUCAAGAGGUAUGGAUGGGAAUGUGUCAGAUAUUCAAGGAUUUCAAGGCAAUCUCCGAUUUGAACCAUGAUACCUUGAUUGCGCUAUUCUCAGCCACUUCAGGCGUGGAUUGCAGUUAUAAGUUGGACAAUCUGAUGGAAUGUUUAUUGGAGGGGAAGGAUUCGAAAACGGCUUCGGCUUUGAUCCAUGGAAUCAUUGAUGCGGCUUUGCAAUUGGACCAAUUGUUCCCCUCUGGAACUCUGUCCCAAUUAGAUCAUGCAGACGAUCACAUUUCGUACUCAAGAAGUCAUGUGAGAUGCCUUUUGGCUCACAUGUUUUGGGGGACUUUGAAGCCUUUGUGGAACGAAAGUUUCGGAUUGUAUCGUACUUCAAGUGGGGAACCAAUUCAUCAAAAAUUUCCAAGAACCUUCUUGGAUUGGUACCAAUCCAAAGAUAUGAGCGAGCAAUCUAAAAUAUAUAUCCGAACGAUACUGAACUAUUUCCAAACUCCUAUUGAAGACACCCACGCCAUUGAUUUUUACUUGAGACAUCGCCGUUUGGAACCAUUCGAAUGGAUGGAUUCGAAGCAACACAUAUGUCCUGUUCAAGUCCGAACCCAGGGUAGAAUUGGGGAUUAUGGGGCCAAUUUUGAGGUUGAUUUUGCCAAUAAACAAGUUGGCUUUGGCCAAGGUGCUACACAGGAAGAGCUCAUCCUAGGCACCAGUCCCGAAUCUUGUGUAGUGGUACUGAUUUCCAAACCCUUGGAGGACGAUUUUAUCAUCGAAAUCAAAGGAUGUCAAAUGUUCGGGGAUUACACUGGGUUUGGUGCCUCGGCCAAGUUUUGUCCUCCUAUGGAAGACAAGUCCAGAGAUUGGAGUCAAAGAACCAUUUUAGCCAUGGAUGCAGAAUUCUAUGACGGAUUGCCAGGGGAUAAUCGCCUCCAACAAUUAAAAGAUGAAGCUUUGUUCCGAGAACUGAACAAAGCAUAUUGUGCGUUUUCGGCAGCCUCGGGAUCCACGAUUGAAACAGGUCCUUGGGGCUGUGGUGCAUUUGGAGGUGAUAGAGAGAUUAAGCUGAUUAUUCAAGUUCUUGCGGCUUCAAGAGCGGAUUGUCGAGAAUUGGUGCUCUACACUUUCGGAAACGUGAAUCUAUCCGAAAAGCUGAAUGAACUUUUAGACUGUAUUCACAAGCGACAAAUUGGUGUUGGAAAGGUCCUGGGAAUGCUGUGUCAUUCCAGGAAUGAUAUUUAUCCUAGCUUUGAUAUGCUCACGUGGAAACAACGAGAGGACAACGAAUUGUUCCUUUGUGAUUUAUUACUGAAGCAAAUGGACAAAAUGCCAAUAAUGGUCUGAUCGAAGCUAUGUUUUCUAUUGCAAUGGUACUCUUGAUGUCCUUGCCGUGCAAGAUUAGGGCUGUUCACGUACAAUUUCUAUCACAUUAGUUUGAGUUGUACCAAAACCCCUUUCCUUGUCAGAUCAUAUUGUAUUAUAAGCUACUGGAAGAAAAUUCAGUCGGAGAUGGCUAGGCUUGACUCUUUUACGCAGAUUUUACGGAAAGGCUUCAAAAAGAAAACACUGACUUUUUCGAACUGUUGCCAAGGAAAAUAUGGUGUACUGAAAUAGAAUCUUUAGCGAGGGAUACAAACGAAACAAACUAAAAGCUGAAAUUAAAACCCAUAAAACAAAACUGGAACUGACAGUAAUUAACAGCAUUAGUAAUACGUGGGAGUACACAUCUAUCCUUCUUUAUUCCCCUUUUCUCCAUUAAUUGUCUUUUUCGAACUUUGAAAACCUCUUUUUCUCUUCUGAGGAGUGUACACUCCCCUUUUCUUGGAAAAAACUCCUUCUUUGCUGAUAAUUACGAAUUGAAAAUUAAUCGUAAUUGAACACCUUUUUUCCAAUUUAUUGAGUAACAUCCCUGGCUAGAAGAAAGUUCCAGAGCCAUAGUUGCCAUGAAAUAUAUCUCGGUUUUAUCUUUGA